AUGGCUGCCCAGCUCCAUAGCCCGGACGAUGAGAUGACCCUCGUCGACGAUUUCCAUUCCCGUUAUGCCCCGCCGGAGACUCGCAGUGGUGGAAAUUCUCUUUCCUGGGGCGGGUGCGGAGGCAAUUCGCGCCGAUCUGAUCAUGCGCAUUUCGAAGCACUAGCAGCCGUUUCACUUAUGCUCCAAUGCCAUCCCCGAGCUCCAGGCUUCAUCUGGGAAGUCCUCCGUAUCAUCCGACAUGCAUACGCACGCCUCUACUUCGGCCUUCUUAGGACGGCUUUCGCGCACACGUUCCACCUCCCCAACUCCCGCUCGGUGCUGUUGAAAGUGUACGAUGACCCUGGCUUCCUCCGCAUCCCCACGGUCAUCAACUUCGAAGAUGACUCCCCCCCUGCUUUGCUCAACAUCUCCUCCCACGUGUGCUCAUUCUGUGGCAAUAACCACCGCGACGUGGAUCACGAGAUCUUUCCCACCAAACGCAGGCAGCGCGAUGAUUGCAGCUCCUCCCUCACCCCCAACCCACCUCUACCCUCCCUGUCCUCCCUAACCCGUGUUCCGCCCCACCCCCCUCUCUGGCCAGCCUCUUGGCUCGCGGGACUGUCUCUUGGCUCACAGGAUGUGCUUGCAGCCCUCCCCUUUCCCCAACCUGCCUAUACCCUCCUUGUCCCACUCACCCCGUCCUAUGCCCCAACUCCCUCUCGGGCCAGGCUCCAGGAACCCACUCCGCACCUGCAAGUUUCCCUUGUCCCCCACCCUGCCCUUUCCCACUCUAUCCCCCCUCCUUCACCUGCUGCUCAAUCUUCCUCUGAUUCCCUCUCUCACCCUUCCUCUAUUUUCGCUGUAAUCUAA